GAUGGCGACCACCAAAGGGGGUUGGUACCUGUGCGAAUUAUUGAGAUUUUUUUAUUCAUUAUUCCUCCCUGGGCUGACAGUCUGUGGAACUUUAUGUGUAUGUCUGUUCAUUAUCCUCUGGGGAAUCAGACUGCUGCUACAGAGAAAGAAAACAUCAGCAUCAGCUAGCAAAAAUGGGAAAAAGCAAAUGGUGGUUGCAUUUUUUCAUCCAUACUGCAAUGCUGGUGGAGGAGGAGAAAGAGUUUUGUGGUGUGCCUUAAGAGCCCUGCAGAAAAAGUAUCCUGAAGCAGUUUAUGUCGUUUAUACUGGUGAUGUUAAUGUCAGUGGUCAGCAGAUACUAGAAGGUGCUUUCCGAAGAUUUAACAUCAGACUCACUCACCCAGUAAAGUUUGUUUUCUUAAGGAAACGCUACCUUGUGGAAGAUUCACUCUAUCCUCACUUCACACUGCUGGGCCAAAGUCUAGGGUCCAUUCUUCUUGGCUGGGAAGCUCUAAUGCAGUGUGUUCCCGACGUCUACAUCGAUUCAAUGGGAUACGCGUUUACACUUCCUCUGUUUAAGUAUUUAGGUGGUUGUCGCAUCGGAAGCUAUGUUCAUUAUCCCACGAUCAGCAUGGACAUGCUCUCCGUAGUGAAGAAUCAAAAUGUUGGAUUUAACAAUGCAGCCUUCAUUACCAGGAAUCCUUUUCUCAGCAAAGUAAAGCUCAUCUAUUAUUAUUUAUUUGCUUUUGUUUAUGGACUUGUUGGUUCUUGCAGUGAUGUAGUGAUGGUCAAUUCUUCUUGGACACUAAAGCACAUUCUCUCCCUGUGGAAAAUUGGGAAUUGCACUAACAUUGUUUAUCCACCUUGUGAUGUGCAGACAUUUCUGGACAUCCCCUUACGUGACAAAAAGACGACCCCAGGCCAUUUACUGGUUUCCAUUGGUCAGUUCCGGCCUGAAAAGAAUCAUCCUUUGCAGAUCAAAGCCUUUGCUAAAUUGCUGAAUAAGAAGGUGGCUGAGUCACUGCCUUCACUGAAACUUGUCCUCAUUGGAGGUUGUCGAAACCAAGAUGAUGAGCUGAGGGUAAACCAACUGAGAAGGCUUUCUGAGGAUCUAGGAAUUCAAGAAGAUGUGGAAUUUAAAAUAAACAUCCCAUUUGAUGAGUUAAAGAAUUACUUGUCUGAAGCAACAAUUGGUCUGCAUACCAUGUGGAACGAGCAUUUCGGGAUUGGAGUUGUUGAGUGUAUGGCAGCUGGCACGGUUAUCCUUGCCCACAAUUCAGGGGGCCCGAAGCUGGACAUUGUUGUGCCUCACCACGGAGGGAGAACUGGGUUUCUGGCUGAAAGCGAAGACAGCUACGCAGAGACCAUGGCUCAUAUUCUUUCCAUGUCCGAGGAAAAGAGACUCCAAAUCCGAAGCAGUGCUCGGGCAUCUGUAAGCAGAUUCUCUGAUCAGGAGUUUGAACUGGCGUUCCUGUCCUCUGUGGAGAACUUAUUUAAAUAAUGCCAUAUCUGUCCAGAUUAAAGAUAUUUUACAUAAAACGGCUAAACACCUUCAUAUGUUAGUAUCUUUCUAACCGUUUUCUGUAUUGUAAUAAAGUCAGCCUAAGCAGUGCUCUCUGCAGUAUGUAUAUAGACAGGAUAUUUAUUUCAAUGAAAAGAGAAAAAGGCAAAAUUACCUAACUGGUUUAAAUGAAAAUAUUUUAGAUUAGUAUUCUGUCCCAAAUUCUGAAAAAUAUGGAUCUGACAGAAAAAAAAUGAACAUUCUUAAUGUGGGUAUAAUCCUGCUUUUCAGAUCCUAUUUGUCAAAUCACUGUACUUUAGAACCCAGGAAAGAGAAUUUCCCUUUAGAAAAUAGGAAAUGUUGAAUGGAAAAUGGAAGACUGACAAUUAGUUGAUUAAUCUUUUAGAAUGGUUCUGACAUCUUGGGAGCACAGAAAAAUUCUGGUACAUUUAAAUUCUAAAUGCCACUGUGGAUGACCGUCUUGAAUAUAUCUGACGAUUUUCUUAAAAGAGAAAAGACACUUGAAGCAGGUGUCAUCACGUACUAAGAGCACGUGGUGAAAAGACAGACGGACCAUGGCUGCCCCGUGGGUCGGGGUUGCCCCCCGAGGCGGCAGC